AUGAGCUUCUUCAAGUCUUUCAAAAACAAAUACUCAAGCCUUUCCCAGGAUGACGGGGCACCUUUGCCUCCUCCUGCUACGGAACCUCAACAGAACAAUUUCCGUACAAAGUUGCAAAAACUCAAUCCCUUCCGUUCCCAAAACGUAUACCUAGAAGAUGACGAGAACUAUGUGACCUCCGAGCCAGGAUACCUAGAAUUGCUGAGAUGGGAUAGAAUGCUCUUGUUUGCAUUGACCUUUGGUGGUUCUAUUGCCUGCUGGCUUAUAUGUAUCUUUUUGUUCCCGGUGCUUUCACUUAAGCCCAGGAAGUUUGCUGUGCUUUGGUCGUUGGGAUCUAUCUUCUUCCUUGUCAGUUUCGGGGUCUUGCAAGGGUUCCAGGCCUACAUUCUUCACUUGUGUUCGUCUACUCGAAUCUUGUUUAGUAUAACCUUCAUCACAUCCAUCGUGUUGACGUUGGUGUCGAGUUUGUCGUUGAGGUCGACUCUCCUUUCUAUAAUCUUUGCAGUCAUCCAGUUGAUCGCUGCGCUUUGGUACACAGUGAACAUUAAAUUUGGCUUCAACGGUUGCUAG